UCUGUUAACUGUCACAGAAGAUCCCAGAUGCUGCUGUUCUACGCUAAUAUGUGGCAAUAAUCCCGUUUUUGCCUUCCUUUUGAAAAUGUCGACGGGAGGGCCGCUCCCGGCAGUGUUUUUGCUUUUAUAGAACAGUGUGCACCUGUCACAGAUGCAGGAUGCGGUGUUGUCCCAGCUCUAUGCUCCACCUGCUGCGCUGUGUGCGGUCACGGUCAUGUAUCAGGAGAGGGAGGAACAGGCUGCCUCUGUGGAUUAGGGAAACAUGGUGUUACAUGAGACUGCUGGUGCAGUCACUUUACUUUAACUCCCUCACUGACUCAGAUGUGGUUUUCGACUCAGUCUUUGAACCAGUGUUUUGGACUGUGGACUAUGUCACCCGCUGGUUUGGCACGGUGUUCGUUUGUCUGGUGGUGAUACUGACCAGCUCCAUCGUGGUGAUAGCCUACGUGGUCCUACUGCCCCUGGUCCUCAACACUUACUCCCCUGCAUGGAUUGCUUGGCACGUAUGUUAUGGACACUGGAACCUCAUCAUGAUCGCUUUCCAUUACUACAAAGCCGCCAAAACCUCCCCUGGGUAUCCCCCGACAGAAAAAAAUGACACUCCAUUUGUGUCAGUCUGCAAAAAAUGCAUCAUAGCCAAACCAGCAAGAACACACCACUGUGGCAUCUGUAACAGGUGCAUUCUGAAGAUGGACCAUCAUUGUCCGUGGUUGAAUAACUGCGUGGGCCAUUUUAACCACCGUUACUUCUUCUCCUUCUGUCUCUUCAUGACCUUGGGCUGUGUUUAUUGUAGCAUCAGUGGCAGAAACCUGUUCCUAGAUGCAUACAAUGCUAUUGAGCGCUUUAAGCAUUUGGAUAUGGACAAGCCAGGGGUACCGGUAACAGGGAUGGCACUUCUUAUAGGGCUUCUCCCCCCUGGCCAGACCAACUAUCAGACAUCUGCACCACCAUACACGUUUAAGGAUAAGAUGAUUAAUAAGAGUAUCAUCUACAUGUGGGUGCUUACCAGCACAGUGGGAGUGGCACUGGGAGCACUGACCAUUUGGCAUGCGGUUCUCAUAUCCAGAGGAGAGACCAGCAUAGAAAGACACAUUAAUGGCAAAGAAACAAAGCGAAUGGCAAAAUGGGGAAAGGUAUACAGAAACCCUUUCAACUAUGGCAGGCUGAAUAAUUGGAAGAUCUUCCUUGGUGUGGAGAAGAGAAGUCACUGGGUGACGCGUGUUCUCCUUCCCUCUGGACAUGCCCCGUACGGUGAUGGGUUGACGUGGGACAUCUUCCCGGUUAAAAAGGACUUGAUACCUGUAUGACAGACUCUACAUAGGCAUCCUUGUAGCCUGCUUUCGGCAGUCUUUUCUGUGUCCGACCUCCUCUGGUCAUUUGAUCUGGUUGGCUUAAAGGAUCCCUGCGUGGUAGCUCCAUACAACUGGAGUCGUGUCAACCUCCAAUACCUCAAAAACUUGCUGUGGCAUUGCUCGCGGUUGAUGGUCUACAUUUUUCAGCAGUGAAGAGGCAGUGUGUCAUGGAUGAGUUGUUCUCUACUGGGUUUUACUAACAAACUGGUCUUUCUUGACUAUGAGCAUUGUGCUAUCGAUGGGUUUGAUAUUUUUACAAGCCUCAAGUACUGACUGACAUAUCAUUGGACUAAAGUACCUGUAAAAUAAUCUUUUCUUUUUUGAAACAGACAAUCUCUGCUUGUUCUGCCCAAGCUGACAUUUGUCUAAAAAACUAAAACUAAAAAAAAAAAAAAAGCCAAAAAGUUUUUGGACAAAAUGGUUCAUCUCAACACCUCCACUUCCAUACUUGGUAUACCAUUUGCACUUUCCAGUCCAAUAUUAUCAUUUAAUUAGAACUUUCAAGGAACACUACAUUAUC